AUGAACAAGAUGAAAAACUUCAAGCGGAGAUUUUCGCUCUCGGUUCCUCGGACGGAGACCAUCGAGGAGUCACUGACGGAGUUCACGGAGCAGUUCAACCAGCUCAACAACCGGAGGAAUGAAGGGCACCUGCAGCUGGGACACCUGGGCAGGGAAUUCCGAGCAGACACCAGCCCCAUCUCCCCCUCCGAGGUGGAAGGACAGUCCCCGAUGGCCGUGCGCUACCGCAGCAACAACCAGCGCCGCUUCUCCAUGGAGGACGUCAGCAAGCGUCUCUCCCUGCCCAUGGACAUCCGCCUGCCCCCCGAGUUCUUGCAAAAGCUGCAGAUGGAGAGCCCGGAGUUCCCCAAGCCCCUCAGCAGGAUGUCCCGACGCGCUUCCCUCUCGGAUAUCGGGUUCGGGAAGCUGGAAACCUAUGUUAAACUGGACAAACUGGGAGAGGGCACUUACGCCACUGUCUUCAAGGGACGCAGCAAGCUGACCGAAAACCUCGUUGCCCUGAAGGAAAUCCGCCUGGAGCACGAGGAAGGGGCACCUUGCACGGCCAUACGGGAAGUGUCUCUGCUGAAGAACCUGAAGCACGCCAACAUCGUCACCCUGCACGACAUCAUCCACACCGAGCGCUCCCUCACCCUCGUCUUCGAGUACCUGGACAACGACCUCAAGCAGUACCUCGAUAACUGUGGGAACCUGAUGAGCGUGCACAACGUGAAGAUCUUCAUGUUCCAGCUGCUGCGUGGUCUGGCUUACUGUCACGGGAGAAAGAUCCUGCACCGAGACCUCAAGCCCCAGAACCUGCUCAUCAACGAGAGAGGAGAGCUCAAGCUGGCUGACUUUGGACUGGCCAGAGCCAAGUCAGUCCCUACAAAAACGUAUUCCAACGAGGUGGUCACGCUGUGGUACCGUCCUCCCGACGUCCUGCUGGGAUCUACCGAAUAUUCCACACCCAUCGACAUGUGGGGUGUUGGGUGCAUCCAUUACGAGAUGGUCACUGGUCGGCCCAUGUUCCCCGGCUCCACGGUGAAAGAAGAGCUGCAUUUGAUCUUCAGGCUGCUGGGAACCCCAACAGAAGACACCUGGCCUGGAAUAACAUCCAACGAGGAGUUCAAGGCUUACAACUUCACGCAGUACCGAGCCCAGCCGUUAAUAAAUCACGCCCCAAGGCUGGACUCAGAAGGCAUUGACUUGCUGAUGAACCUCCUUCUGUACGAAGCCAAAGGCCGGAUUUCAGCGGAGGCAGCCCUGCGGCACGCUUACUUCAAGAGCCUGGGAGAGCGGGUGCAUCUCCUGCCUGACACUGCCUCCAUCUUCUCCUUGAAGGAGAUCCAGCUUCAAAAGGACCCUGGCUACCGAGGCUCAGCCUUUCAGCAGUCAGCCCGAGGGAAGAACAGGAGGCAGAGUAUAUUUUAA